AUGCCUGGUUUAGUCUUUGUCUCGAACUUAGGGCGUCUGUGCGGCAGCGAACACCCCGGCGAAAUCAACUCCCUCAGCAACCAGGUCGUGGUCAGGUUCCACACGGACUCCUCCGUCGGUGCCAGCGGCUUCAUCCUCCAAUAUAAGGCAGUGUUCACCCCGCCUCCACCUCCUCCGCUCUACUGCAGUGGAACCUACGAGUUGGACAGCAAUUAUGGCUACAUCAGAGCGACCUUCAACGACACUUACAACAACAACAUGGACUGCGAGUGGAGGGUGACGACGCCGGUGCAAUACCCGAUCCACUUUUACUUCGAGAGCUUCGACCUGGAGCACUCGGCAGAUUGCGGAUUCGAUUACCUGGAGCUCGAAGACCUGUCGAUGCCUGGUCAUAAUCUCACAGGGGGUCGUCUGUGCGGCAGCGAAAUCCCAGGCGACAUCUACUCCCGCAGCAACCAGGUCGUGGUCAGGUUCCACUCGGACUCCUCCGUCGUUGGCCGCGGCUUCGUCCUCCGUUUUGAGACAACGUUCAUCCCGCCUCCACCUCCCCCGCUCUACUGCAAUGGAACCUACGAGUUGGACAGCGGUUCCGGCGUCAUCCGACCGACCUACACCGACACUUACGACAACGACAUGGACUGCGAGUGGAGGGUGACGACGUCGGAGAAUUCGGUCUUGUACUUCCACUUCGAGAGCUUCGACCUCGAGGGAUCGACUGGGUGCCCCUUCGAUUACCUGGAGCUGGAAGACCUGUCGAGACCCGGGCUGUUCCUCAGAGGGGGUCGUCUGUGCGGCAGCGAAGUCCCCGGCCCCUUCUACUCCGCCAGCAACCGGGUCGUGGUCAGGUUCCGCUCCGAUUCCUCCGUCGUUGGCCACGGCUUCGUCCUCCACUUCGACAGCCUCUUCGUCGAUACGAUGUCGAGCACCAUGUCCACAACACCAAGACUGACUUCUCCAGAUUUUUAUACAACGAAACACAGCCUGCCUCCAACAACAUCAACAACAACAUAUGGCUACAGAAGCACAGGUGACUCGACCGAGACAACUGAAUCGACCCCGCCAAGUGACUCGACCCCGCCAGGUGACUCGACCCCUCUGGCAGAAACCUCACCCACGUCAUCUACGUCUACGCCCUCAGUCACACGGACGACUUACUGGCCCGACUGGAUCUCCACAAGGUUCUCGACGUCGAUGUGGAUGGACACGACCACGCCCACCGCUCUCUGCCCCGCCCACAGCGUGCUGACGGCGCCCUCGGGCACCGUGGGCGCCUCCUGGGCCUCCUCGUACCCCAGCGGCCUCUCGUGCGCGUGGGAGGUCGUGGCGCCGGAGGACUCGACCCUCCUGCUCGCCUUCCUCGCCUUCGACGUCGAGUCCUGCGGCUCCUGCGGCUGCGACUACGUGGAGCUGCUCGACGCGGCGGCGCCAGGGCGGCCUCUGGGCGGGUCCCGGCUGUGCGGCUCCUCGCUCCCCGCCCCCGUGACCUCGCUCAGCAACCGCGUCCUGAUCCGCUUCGUCACCGAUCCCUCCGUCGGCGGGAAAGGCUUCGAACUCCACUACGAGGUCGUCAGCACCGGGACAUCGAGCUCAGGGAUCGAGACGGAAACGACCUCCACAGAGCCCUCGACGACCAUGUGGAUCGACACGACCACCUCGUUCCCCUAGCGACUGUGACGGUUAAGGAACAACGAAUUUAUUGGCGAGGAAUUUGAAUUGGCGAAUGAAAGGGUUAUUAUAGGAAGCUAGUGACAUGGUGAAUAAUUUUGCAACACGAAUAUAGACAGACAUCAGCAUUCUGAAAUUGAUAUUUGUUGAUUUCUAUUGUAAAAGAAUGAAAAUCUGAAUUAGAAUUGUCAAAGAAAAAAAAAAUCGCUAAUCUUAAACUCUUAAUUACUCAUUCCAUUUAAAUUAAUUUCAUAUUAAUUUGUAGAUUUAGUUUCAAAAUAAUAUGGCAUCUGAUUAUCUCCAUUUUGAUUAAUUCCACAAAGAAUUGACAAUCUAUUAUCUAAACUUCUUUAAGUUUGUGCUGCCACCAGGAAAUGUCACUAAAAAAUUUAAUAUUCAAAAUAUAUGAUUGAGAAGCA